AUGUACGACGAGAACUGGAUCAAGGUCUCCUACCAAGAUCGCAUUGCGAUUAUCACUCUCAAUCGUCCUGAUAAACUAAACGCCUUGAAUGGAGACCUAUACUACAAACUCGCUACAAAGCUUCAAGAGAUCGACCAGCGCGAUGACAUCUUCAUAACCGUCCUAACCGGUACAGGCCGAUUCUUCUCCGCCGGCGCAGAUGUGAACACCACCCGCCCAGGUUCCGGAAACGAAGGCGAGGAGUCCGAAUCAGUCCGCCGACUUCUUAUGCGUAACUUUGUCGCCAACAACAUCGACGUAACCCGCACCUUCUACAACCAUACCAAGAUUCUCAUCGUCGCACUCAAUGGCCCAGCAGUAGGUCUUUCCGCCGCGCUGGUCGCACACGCGGAUUUCAUUUACGCCGCUCCGCACGCGUUCAUUCUCACGCCCUUUUCCUCAAUUGGACUUGUUGCCGAGGGAGGCGCUAGUCGUACCUUUGUUCAGAGACUAGGGAUUGCGAAAGCGAAUGAAGCGCUACUAAUGAGCAAGCGGAUUACCUGUGAAGAGCUCGUGAGCACUGGAUUCGUGAAUAAGGUUAUCAAGGCGGAUUCGGGCCGAUCGGAUGAUUCGGUGGGUUUCUUGAAGAAUGUUCUUGUUGAGGUUGAGGAGAGAUUAGGAACGCAUUUGAACCAGACCAGUCUGUUGAAAAUUAAGGAGUUGGUUCGACGGCCUGAGAGAGAGGUCUUGGAUCGUCAGAAUGGUCUUGAGGCUUUUAUGGGACUGGAGAGAUUUUUGAGUGGAGCGCCACAGGAGGAGUUCCGGAAGUUGGCCUCUGGUGAGAAGAAGCAUAAGCUUUAG